AUGGGUAAAUGAACAGGUAGAAAUGAACAAGAGAACGGCAGAUGGAUGGAUGUGGUUAGACAGAUAUGGCAGUAAAUGUCAGGGGACUGCUGGAUGGAUAAAUCGAUUGAUGGAUGCAUGAAUGGAUGUAAGAAUGGGUGAAUGGAUGGGUGGGUCAUGCAUGGAUGGAAGGAUGGAUGCUUACAUGGAUGGAUGGAAGGACCUAUGGAUGUGUGGAUGGGUCAAUAGGUGGAUGGAUUUCUGAAUGAAUCAAUGAAUGUUUUCAGCUGAUAGAUAGACAGAUAGAUAGAUAGAUAGAUAGAUAGAUAGAUAGAGAGAUAGACAGAUAGACUGGUAAAUAGUUGAAUAGAUUUAUCUUGUCAGGUUCUGUGUAAACUGCAUAAUGACUAAUACUUGGAUGGAGGGAUGGAUGGAUGGAUGGACAAAGAAAAUCUCAGAUUUUAAGUAAACAAGGACUGCAAGAAGGUUUGCCUCUUCUCCUCGUGUUCAUGUGGCUUUCCAUCUGGUGCUCGAGAUUCCUCCUGAAAGCAUCACUGACACCAGCAUGACUUCCUCCACUUCCUGUUGGAGCUGUGCUCUUCCUCUAACUCCCCAUGUGACACCGUUACACACUAAACGUUAAACAGAGUGACACAGUAGCAGUCAUAUGAGCUAAUUCUUAUUAACAGAACAACUAUCAUCUACAGUCGGUACAAACAUUUUGACAAAGUACUGUUUCUUCCUUCCUCUCUCUCUCUCUCUCUCUCUCUCUCCCAGGAGGUGGGCGUGGCAGCGGGUGAUGGCGGAGUGUAUGACCCGUCUAGCUCUCCUCGCCACGCUGUGUGCUCCUGCUCUUGCACAGCUGGAUUUAAACAGACUUGAUGGCGACACCGUGUGCCCACCACUGAGGAAUGGACAAGAUGACCUUCCAGGUUUCGACCUGAUCACACAGUUACAGUCGGACAUGAUUCCGCUGAAGGGUGUGAGGAAGGUGGAGGGCUCCACAUCCACUCAGUUGGCGUACAGACUCGACCGUGAGGCCAACUUCCAGAUCCCUACCAGGCCGACAUUCCCCAGAGGUUUCCCGGUGGAGUACUCGUUCAUGACCACGUUCCGCAUGAUCAAGAACACGGUGAACAAAGUGUGGAACUUGUGGCAGGUGGUGGACGAGGACGGCGUGAAGCAGGUGGGGAUGCGUCUGAACGGGGACCAGCAGGCCCUCGAGUUCUUCCUAACUACCUUGGAUGGAGACCUGCAGACCAUCACCUUCCCAGGCCUGUCUGUGCUCUUCAACACCAAGUGGCACAAAGUGAUGAUCGGUGUGGAGAACGAGAUGGUCACGUUGUAUGUGGACUGCCAGCCUGUCGACCAGAAGCCCAUUAAGGAAAAGGGCUACGUCAGCACAGAUGGAGAGACGCUCUUCGGGAGACUGGACACUGAUCCCAGCAGCUCUGUGGUGUUUGAGGUGCAGUGGAUGCUGAUUCACUGUGACCCAAAGAGAGCUCAGAGAGAGAGCUGCACCGAACUUCCUGUAGCUGAGAUGUAUGCCAAUGCUGAGCCCGACCCCAAACCGAUCCCUGGGCCUGUUGGACCACAGGGUCCUGCAGGACCUCGGGGAAAUCCCGGAGAAGACGGUCGUGAUGGAAGAGAUGGUAUUCCAGGAACCCCGGGCACGCCUGGUGCAUCUGGCACUAAAGGGGAAAAGGGUGAGAUUGGUCUGCCAGGACAGAGAGGACUACCAGGACUUCCAGGACCUAGUGGGCCGAUGGGGCCGAUGGGGCCGAUGGGACCGAGAGGCCCGGUUGGAGAAAGAGGUCUUCAGGGUUUCCCAGGUCCAGCUGGACCCCCUGGACCCGAGACCACUGGACCACCUGGACCUCCAGGCAAACCCGGUAUCCCAGGAAACGAGGGCAACAUUGGACCGGAGGGUCCACCCGGAUCCAGAGGAUCCAAUGGACUUCCAGGUCCUCCUGGACCACCCGGACCCCCCGGUCUACCCGGGACCGCUGGGAAUCCUGAAGGAAGCGGCGAGACUUGUCAGGCUGUGUGCCCUGCCGGCCCUCAGGGACUUCCAGGCCUGCCAGGCAUGAAGGGACACAGAGGUCUCCCCGGAGUGGACGGACUGCCUGGUGUUGGAGGUGAAAAGGGAGAUCGCGGAGCGGUAGGAGAACCCGGCCCCCAGGGACGUCCAGGAGAAGAUGGUCAGAGAGGGCCGAUCGGUCACCCUGGAGAACACGGUGAUAAGGGAGAUCGGGGUCCUCCAGGUUUUAACGGCAUUCCCGGACCCACAGGACCACCAGGGUCUCCGGGUGUUGAAGGUAUCCGAGGACGUGAUGGACCUCAGGGGCCUAAAGGUGAUGAGGGUGCUGUAGGUCGUCUAGGUCCCACAGGCGCCACGGGUGCCAAAGGAGAGCCUGGUGACGCAGGCAGAAAUGGAGUGGAUGGUGAACCGGGUAUUCCGGGAGAAAAGGGAGAACCUGGACUACCUGGAGCUGGUGGACUCAGAGGCAUUGUUGGAAUCCCAGGUUUACCAGGAAAGCAAGGGAUUGUGGGACCUAUGGGUGAUAAGGGUGAGAAUGGAGCUGAAGGUCCUGUGGGUCCAACUGGUCUUCCUGGUAAACCUGGAGGACAAGGAGCUCCUGGAGAUGCCGGGAUCCCCGGAGUUAAAGGAGCCACGGGUGACCCAGGAAAGCCGGGUCCGAUCGGUGCGACGGGACUGCAGGGAAUCCCGGGUGAGAAAGGAGAUCGCGGGAUCAUGGGUCCUCGAGGGAUCAAAGGUCACACAGGUCACAAAGGAGAUCAGGGUGCUGAAGGUCCAGUUGGUCUGAAAGGAAGUGAGGGUGCUCCAGGUAUUCCCGGCAGUACAGGAGGUAAAGGUGACCAGGGUCCUCCAGGCAUCGCUGGAAUCAAAGGAGAUCGAGGAGAGAAAGGACAGAGAGGAGCGACCGGUGCUGAUGGACGUCCAGGACAGCCGGGACACGAGGGACUCGCCGGACCUCAGGGAGCGCCGGGCCUGGAGGGGGACAGAGGAAUACCGGGACCACCGGGACCUCGAGGAAUUCCUGGUCCCAAACUAAACGAUGAGAAGAUUCGUCAUAUUUGUUCUGCUGUGGUUGAAGAACAUCUGGAUGCUUAUAAGAAAGAACUGGCGAAGAAGCCUCUGUCCAUCGGUGCCCCCGGUACCCCCGGGCCUGCGGGACCGCCUGGACCCCCCGGACCUGCUGGGGCUGCUGGAGGAGUCGGAGCGAUGGGACCUCCGGGCCCUCAGGGGCCUCCAGGCUUCUACGGCUUACCCGGGAAACAAGGACCUAAAGGUGAUGCUGGGCCAAAAGGAGACAAAGGAGAUAAUGGUGUUGGAGUCCAAGGACUUCCUGGAGAGCCAGGUGUUCAAGGACCUCCUGGGAAGCCCGGCAUCGGUAGAGAUGGCCAAAAUGGUGGCCGAGGAGAAGCGGGUACCCCGGGUAUCCCAGGAACCCCAGGUAGCAGAGGACCUCCAGGUCCCCCGGGCAUGUGUGACCCCUCAGACUGCUUCAGGCCUCAGCCUCUUUAUGUAGUGAGCGGGAAAAAAUCCAUCAACGUUAAGGGCCCGUGA